AAUUGAUACAAAGAUUAUCAAACACAGCCACUAGUUUCUUAUACCAUCCAUCACACUGUCCACAUAUUAUCCAACCAUGCCUGAAGUUGAUCCAGCCUUCAUUCAACCAACUGAUUUUCGCCCACAAAACAAAGUUAUUGAAGCCGAUGAAAUCCCAGUUAUUGACUUGUCUGGUGACACCAAAGAAAUUGCCUUGGAGCUUGGCCAAGCAUGCAAGAAAUGGGGAUUUUUUCAGGUCAUCAAUCAUGGAGUGCCUUCGGAAUUGCGCAAAAGGAUGGAAAGGAUGGCAAAGGAAUUCUUUGAUCAACCAAUGGAGGAGAAGAAGCUGGUGAAGAGAGAUGAAGUGAAUCCUAUGGGAUACUAUGAUAGUGAACAUACCAAGAAUGUAAGGGAUUGGAAGGAGGUGUUUGAUUUAUUGGUGAAAGAUCCUUCCUUUGUGCCAGCUUCCCAUGAGCCUGAUGAUGAACAACUAAGGAUGUUGACAAACCAGUGGCCUCAGUACCCUCAUGAAUUUAGGGACACAUGUAAGGCAUAUGCAGGAGAGGUGGAAAAACUAGCAUACAAGUUGUUAGAAUUUAUCUCCCUCAGCUUAGGCUUGCCCGCAAAUCGGAUGCAUGGUUAUUUUAAAGAUCAAAUCAGCUUUAUGCGGCUGAAUUACUAUCCUCCUUGCCCUUCUCCUGAUCUAGCUCUAGGUGUUGGUCCACACAAAGAUGGAGGUGCAUUAACUGUCCUCGCUCAAGAUGAUGUUGGUGGGCUUCAAAUUAAGAGGAAAUCAGAUGGAGAGUGGAUUCCUGUUAGACCAAUCCCAGAUGCCUUUAUUAUUAACCUUGGUGAUGCUACUCAGGUAUGGAGCAAUGAUACAUAUGAAAGUCCAGAGCACAGGGUGGUGGUGAACUCUACAAAGGGAAGGAUAUCUAUUCCAUUCUUCUUCUUCCCUGCCCACUAUGUUAUGUUGAAGCCUUUCGAGGAGCUUGUUAGUGAACAAAAUCCUGCCAAAUACAGGGAAUUCAACUGGGGCAAAUUUUUUGCUUCUAGAAAUCGCAGCGAUUACAACAAGCAAAAUGUGGAAAACAUUCAGAUUCGCCAUUUCAGGAUAUAGGAGUAAUCAUGGCCAAGUGAGUUUGGCUAAAUUUACAAUCUUAAGUUGCAUUGGCUUCGUAAAUAAAGCUUGUAUAUUAUUAAUAAAACACACACUCCUGAAUCUGAGUGAGAGUUAAGAAGAAUUUGACAUCAAAAUAUGAUAAGUGGAGGCCUCAUCUCCUCCAUCUUUUGGUAUUAACACUGAAACAGCUUAAAAACUUCUCAGUUUUUACUGUAUUUUUUCUUCAAUUUCUGAUAAGAAAAUGUAACACCUCAUCUUCAGACCA